AUGGCGUCCUACUGUUUCACCGUCACUCGUUUGCGGCAGGCCCUUGGAACUGGCAUAAGGCGAGUUCAUGUCUCAGCUGCUCUCAGUGCCAAGGCCAAAGUGGCAAUGAGCCGCUUUGAGCCUGGUUCCAGCGUUGACUAUGGGCAGAUGCACCAGAAAAUUAACAUCGUGCGUAAAAGACUCAACAGACCUCUCACUCUGUCUGAGAAGAUUGUGUACGGUCAUCUGGAUGAUCCGGCAGGCCAGGAGAUCGAGCGCGGUCGCACAUACUUGCGCUUGCGCCCGGACCGCGUGGCUAUGCAGGAUGCUACAGCUCAAAUGGCCAUGCUUCAGUUCAUCAGCAGUGGUCUACCCAAGGUGGCGGUACCAUCCACAAUUCACUGUGAUCAUCUGAUUGAGGCUCAGAUCGGAGGGGCUCAGGACCUGCAGAGGGCUAAGGAAGUGAACCAGGAAGUGUAUAAUUUCCUUGCAAGUGCUGGUGCCAAAUAUGGAGUUGGCUUCUGGAAACCUGGAUCAGGGAUUAUCCAUCAGAUCAUUUUGGAGAACUACGCGUAUCCUGGGGUGAUGCUGAUUGGUACAGACUCACAUACUCCCAAUGGCGGUGGUUUAGGUAGCAUCUGUAUUGGAGUUGGUGGAGCUGAUGCUGUUGAUGUCAUGGCCGGAAUCCCUUGGGAGCUAAAAUGUCCGAAAGUGAUUGGAGUAAAGCUAACAGGCUCCCUAUCUGGCUGGACAUCUCCAAAGGAUGUCAUUUUGAAGGUGGCUGGAAUAUUAACUGUAAAAGGUGGCACAGGUGCCAUUGUAGAGUAUCAUGGGCCUGGAGUUGACUCAAUCUCUUGUACAGGAAUGGCCACCAUCUGUAACAUGGGUGCCGAGAUUGGAGCUACUACAUCCCUUUUCCCCUACAACCAUCGCAUGAAGACUUAUCUUGAGAAAACGGGUCGAGCAGAUAUUGCUUCACUAGCUGAUGAAUUUAAAGGUGACUUGGUUCCUGAUAAUGGUUGUGAAUACGACCAGACCAUUGAGAUUAACCUAAGCGAGUUGAAGCCACACAUCAACGGGCCUUUCACCCCCGACUUAGCCCACCCCGUGUCCGACAUUGGUGCCAUUGCUCAGAAGAGUGGCUGGCCCCUGGAGGUUAAAGUUGGUCUGAUUGGUAGCUGCACAAACUCCAGCUAUGAGGACAUGGGCAGAGCUGCUUCUCUUGCCAAGCAGGCCUUGGAUAGAGGCAUGAAGUGCAAGGCCCAGUUCACUGUCACCCCCGGUUCAGAACAGAUUCGUGCCACGAUUGAGAGGGACGGAUAUGCAAAGAUCCUGAGUGAUGUUGGUGGGAUUGUAUUAGCCAAUGCAUGUGGACCAUGUAUUGGUCAAUGGGACAGGAAGGAUGUGAAAAAAGGAGAGAAGAACACCAUUGUCACGUCCUUCAACAGGAAUUUCACCGCUCGCAAUGAUGCUAAUCCAGCUACUCAUGCUUUUGUCACCUCUCCCGAGAUUGUCACUGCCCUGGCUCUCGCUGGUACUCUCAACUUCAACCCCGAGACGGAUUACUUGACUGCUCCGAAUGGUGAUAAAUUUAAACUAGAACCCCCCACUGGUGAUGAGCUCCCCUCCAGAGAUUUUGACCCUGGCCAAGACACCUACCAGCAUCCCCCUGCUGAUGGCAGCUCUGUUGAGGUGGAUGUAAACCCCUCCAGCAACCGUCUGCAGCUACUGGAGCCCUUCGACAAGUGGCUUGGAAGCGACCUGGAAGAAAUGAAGGUCCUCAUAAAGGUGAAGGGAAAGUGCACCACUGAUCACAUCAGCGCUGCCGGGCCCUGGCUGAAAUUCCGGGGUCACCUUGACAACAUCUCCAACAACAUGCUGAUCGGUGCUGUUAACACAGAGAACGAUGCCGUCAACAAAGUCAAGAACCAUAUUACCGGAGAGUAUGAUGGCGUGCCGGAUGUGGCUCGUCACUAUAAGGCGAAUGGAAUCAACUGGGUGGUAGUUGGAGACGAAAACUACGGCGAAGGAUCCAGCAGAGAGCAUGCUGCACUCGAGCCUCGGCACUUGGGAGGACGCGCCAUCAUUGUCAAAAGCUUUGCCCGAAUCCACGAAACUAACCUGAAGAAGCAGGGCCUGCUGCCACUAACUUUCGCUAACGCUAGCGACUACGACAAAAUUCGCCCUGAUGACCACAUUUCAAUCACAGGCCUAAAAUCAUUUGCCCCUGGCAAGCCACUGACAGCGGUGAUCAAACAUAGCGAUGGCAGCCAGGAGUCCAUCUCCCUGAACCACACGUUCAACGACACGCAGAUUGAGUGGUUCAAAGCCGGAUCUGCCCUCAACAGGAUGAAGGAGCUCCAGUAA